AUGGUAGUUGACAGGCGCCUCGAUAAUAUUCUCCGGAUCCUGCUACAGCCAGGCCAGGCAGAUCCAAACAGCGCAGAUGCUUCACGUGUUUACGCCUCGGCAGCAACAGUACUCGCAACCUUAACGAAUCCGCUCAAUGUUUCUUUACUCUCGACCCAGAUAUUGAUUUCGCCUGCUAUAUGGGAGAAUUUUGACGGGCUGAAGGCAGGCCUGCGGGUAUUUGGGGUGUUUCAAUCAGCGACUCUGGGAAAAAUUGAGAAUCAAGACUCCAUAUCCAUAUUGAGUGUCGAGGAAUGGAUUAAUGCUAUAGUUCGGGGGCCAAUAACAAUGUUCCCAGGUGGAAACAUCUGUUAUUGCUGGGGGGAAGCUUUUUGUAGAGCUGUAAAUCUUUCGGUGGAAACAAAUGAAACAAAUGAGCUUGAGGCGGACACCUUAAGUCUUAUAUUAUCACAUGCAAUGCAAAGUCUCUCGAGAAAGGCGAAAGAGGUCAUUAAUUACGAUGCUCUUCUCCCAGUAGUUAUCAAAUCAAUAUACUAUUCUCGGGAGGGUUUUCAAUCGGGCUAUUUUCUUUCGACUAUUGACCAUGAUAUCAUGAAUAUUGAAGGCAAACUUGCUUGGCCGAGUAAAUCCAACUCCUUUCUCGAGCUCCAAAACCGGUCUGGUAGACCCAUGUUUGCAGCUAUGAGCGGCCUAGCUCGAUUGGCAGCAGCUUCAAUAAGGCACGCCCAAGAACCUGCCGUCUUACACGCUUUCUUGGAAAGUCUUCUCAAUUUCUCCCAUAUUCUGACUGCACAAUGGAAAAUGAAUGGGCUCAGCGAAAUUCCAAUGUCAGAAGAAGCAAACUUGGUUGACGAAGACUCAUUAAAAGCAACAAUUCCUGUUGUCUGGCAAAUCUUGAAGUCUAUACUUUUUGCGUCAACCUUGAUACUCCAAGAGUUGAUGUCACGGGUUGCCGAGUCACCGGCGUUGUGCGACUCCGAGAAUGGCCCUAUGAUAGCUUCUAAGGUAUUGCACGUGUUGCGUGGAUUUUACUUUAUCACCUCAAGACUAGGCCCCAAUGCCUUUUCUUCAUACAAUUUUGUCUACUUUGCUGCUAUCGACAUCUUAUCUUCUUACCCCCCUCAGGCGGAGGAGUUUGUCAAGGGGAUUGUGCCUACAGAAGCCGGAAGUAUUCCUAAGAAACUACCAGACCGCAUAUUGGACCUUUUCUUUUUGAAUACUGUUGAGCACUUUUCACUAUCCAUAUCGCAAUCGGUCAAUGAAGAAAUUGUGAUACCUGCUACAUCACCAUACCUUGCAGGUGGGCUAGAAGCCAGCUUACAUGCACACUUUGAAGCCGCCCACUCUGUCAUGCUUUCCAUUAUUAGCUCACCGUCUUCGGCAGAGCUGGGCUCUCGCAUCCUGCCUUUCUAUAUCGAAUCAGCAUUCGAGGCAUUCCCGACAUCUCUCUCGGCCCGACAGUUCCGUCUGGCGUUCGGCACAAUCAUUAGGGAAUGCAGUCCACCACAACCUAUUUCGAAGCUUCAGCCGCAUUUGACAGACGUAAUUCUCGAGAUUUUGUGCGACCGUGCAGCACGGGCUUCUACCGAGCCUCUGCCAAAUCUAGUCGACGAAGGAGCUGUGGGGUUGAGUGAAAAGGAUGUGUGCAUACUUGCGCUGAUUGACGGGCUUCCAUCAAUGCAAGUCAACGCCAUGGAACGAUGGCUUGAACCCACAGCAGAGCUUCUGGAUAUGGUGGAGAACCCAGGAAGUAAGCUAAGAAUUCGGGAGAGAUUUUGGGAUGUCUUGAGUAGCGAGCUUGAUGUGGAGAGGGCAGAGGUUGCAGUCAAGUGGUGGACGAUGGGAGGAAGGGAGAAGGUCCUUUUCGGAAAGGAGAAGCCAGAGGGCGUUGAAGGCAUCAGGAGUAUGCUGUAG